GUACGUCUAAUUCUGUCACAACUCUACAAGACAAAAGCAAGAUGGCAGCUUCCAUGACGGCAAAAUCAAGACUUCUUUCUCUUGUGGAAGAAGCAGAAGUGUUAACAAAAGAUCUCGGCGAGGCAACAUCAGCAGUUAGGCAGAGAGUUCCUCAUCCUGAUGAACCUCAAAUUAUGGAGAUAUUGAUGAAGAAGAAUGAAGAGCUGGAAGCAACGCUGAAAGAGACGGAAGAACAGAGGAAGAUGAAGCAGGAGAUUGAGGGGCUUCAGGAAGAAGUAGACAAGAGAGAUGAAGAUAUCAAAACAUUGCAGAAACAACUCAAAGAAGCCGAGUACAUUCUGGCCACAGCCAUCUACCAGGCCAAAGAAAAGCUGAAAGCCAUCAAGCAAGCCAAGAAAGGAGCGAUAUCAUCGGAGGAACUCAUCAAGUAUGCACACCGGAUCAGUGCUACCAAUGCUGUCGCUGCACCGCUGACGUGGGAACCAGGUGAUCCUCGUAGACCCUACCCAACGGACCUUGAGAUGAGGAUGGGUAUCCUGGGGAGGCUGAGUAAUCUGCCUCAAGUGAGCCAGAACGGAGCUGGUGGAGAUGGUGCACAGAGUACAGGUGAGAUUUCAAGGCCUGCUGGUGCUACUGGGGGCCUGACGUGGAAACCUUCGAGCGAACUUACGGCAAGUCGCAGCAUGUCAACGGGGGUCAAUCGCAUCACGGGGGAUGCUGGGAUAGAUCUCAACGUCCCUGGUCACGGCAAAGAGAACGAGGACGAUGUCGAGAUGAUGUCUUCGGAUUCAGAGAGCAGUAGUUCCAGCGAUAGCUUCUGAUAAUAAACGGUGGAACUCGGUUGCACCCCUUGGUUCAGGAGCCUGAGAAACAGUUCAACCUUGAGUCUAGGAUAUCAAAGAACUGUGGAAUUAUGUUGCAUCUUGGACUCAAGGGGCCAUUGAUGAAAUGUCAUCAGAUUCAGAAAGCAGCAGUUCUAGUGAUUUGGCUGAUAAGCAGAAGUGCCAGGUAAUUACAAUGGAAAGUCCAGAUAAAACGGACCUUACAAGAUGAAAUAUCAACAAGUCUUUUUAGGACCCGAAAGAACUGGCAUUAUCUGCACCCUACAGUAUACUGCAGGAGAAGAUGUAAAGGUGAUUUUGUAAGAUUCAGAUAACGGUUUUCCCAGAGAGAGUUCUUGAUAACGAAUAGAGGCAUUAAGUUCCGUCUCCAAGUCCUAGUAUCUAUAAAGAAUGGUGGAAUCAUUUUCCACUCCCCAAUCAGAGGUGCUUAUGAAAGAACAGUGGAAGUACUUUGCACCUGUUUGUCAAGGAACAUAAACAAGAAAUGAAAUCCCUAUUGACUGUGGGACUUGUAGAACCUGAUUGUUUCAGUUCUUGGCUAUUAAUGGGAAUAGAGAAGUUCAACAUAUGCUUUAUGAGAUUUGCUGAGAAUAUCAUGGGCACAUGAUUGAUUUGUUUUUGAUCUGCCUCUUUCUGCUUUUGCCAUCCCCUUUAAUAAAAUUACGAAAAGGGUACUUAUACCUUGAUUUUUUCCUUUUAUCAUGGGGUAGCUUUAGAUUUCACAAACCUAGCACAUGAUGUGGAAUCUUCCCAUCUACAGCACUGCUUCUCUCCCUUAAGGGUAGGUCCCACUGCACUUACAUACCGUAUGCAGCAGUGGCGUACCUAGGAUUU